UUGUCUUAGCCAAUCAAUGCAGAAGGUGUGUGCAGAAGGAGCAGUUUGUGGCCAAUUGAAAUGCAGAGUAGGCAGAGUUCCAGGCUGCAUGACGUCACCCUAUUCAGUCUGCCCCUUUUCUCCUGAGAAGCUAUGUUAAUUUGCAGCCUGCAUUAAAAGUCCUAGAGGGAGAUUAUUCAUUGGAUUAGUUUAGAGGUGAAAGCAGUGACCCCAAAACUUUCUUGAUACCUUCCCCAAUUUCUACUGGCCAAGCCACAGCUUAAACCUUUUUCACUGUAAUCCACCCCCAUCCUUUCCCUUCUUUCCUACAGCCUAAAUCCUUACACAUCCCAUUUCCUUCCUCCCUUUGUAUUUUUACCAUCCCUGAUAUUUUUUUCAUCCCUACAGUGGGGGAGGGUGAUAUUAAGAGAGUAAAUAGCAAUAAGGCUAACUGGGAGGGUAUCCACUACAAACAAGAGGUUUUUGGUCACAAAAGCAUCACAUUCUGCAGUCUCUGCUUUAAUUAAUGGGAUUUUGAGACCCCCACCCCCACCACCUCCUCCCUCUGUUCUGUCUUCGUCUCUCUCUUUCUUUCUCAGUGUGACAGACACAGCCUUCAGGGACAUAAUGGCUGGGGGAUCUCUACACCAGAAUACUCCUUACCCACCUUCACAGCAACAAUCCCCACAGAUGGAGACAGAAGCUACUGACUCGAGAAAACGACCAUUAGAAACCCCAACAGAGGCUACAAGCACCAAGAGGUCCAACACUGCAGAGGAUGGUGAGCUGUUCCUGAAAGUGCUUAUCCCAAGUUAUGCAGCUGGUUCCAUUAUUGGGAAAGGGGGUCAGACAAUUGUCCAGCUGCAGCGAGAGACAGGAGCUACAAUAAAACUGUCAAAGUCCAAGGAUUUUUAUCCAGGAACAACUGAACGUGUAUGCCUGGUACAAGGGUCAGCAGAAGCCUUGCUUUCUGUGCACAACUUUAUUGCAGAGAAGGUGCGUGAGGUACCCCAAGGUGCACCAAAAAAUGACUUGGGAGUUCUUUUGCCUCCUCAAUCAACCAUCAAUGCAGAGCGUGCAAAACAGGCAAAACUUAUUGUUCCAAAUACAACAGCAGGACUAAUUAUUGGCAAGGGUGGUGCCACUGUCCGCAACAUUAUGGAGGAAUCAGGGGCCUGGGUUCAGCUCUCCCAAAAGCCUGCAGGAUCCAAUCUACAUGAGCGAGUAGUGACAGUGAGUGGAGAGCCUAGUCAAGUCCAGAAGGCAAUACACAGUAUUAUCCACAAAUCCCGUGAAGACCCACCACAAGGAACCACCCACCUUAACAUAAGUUACAUCAACACACAGGGUCCAGUGGCCAACUCAAACCCUACUGGCUCACCUUAUGCUGGUGGAGCAGCAGAACCAGUGCUUACUCCCUUUCAACCAGCUCCACCAGCUCCACCAGCCAUCUCAGGAGGAGACCUACUAGCCAUUUCUGCAGCCCUAAAUACUCUAGCCAGCUAUGGUUACAGUACAGGGAUGGGCUACAAUCCUCUAGUAGGAGGAGUCCAUCCAGCUGCCGUUAAUCUUCUUGCUUCUUACACAGGAGAAGCUGGUCCAUCUUUGGGACUGGGAGGGGGAGGGAUCCUUCUGGAGAAGAUGGGGGCUGAAAGUGUGACGGGUAAAGAAACCCUAGAAAUGGCUGUUCCUGAGACACUAGUAGGUGCAAUCUUGGGAAAGGGUGGCAAGACAUUGGUUGAAUACCAGGAGCUAACAGGUGCUCGUAUCCAAAUCUCCAAAAAAGGAGAGUUUGUACCAGGGACAAGGAGUCGAAAGGUUACCAUCACAGGGCCCCCAGGGGCUACACAGGCAGCACAAUAUUUAAUUGGUCAGAGGGUGGCAUAUGAGCAAGGGGUGAGGUCUAGCAAUCCCCAAAAGGUUGGGUAGAAUUAUAUUUAGUUUGACAAGAGAGAAUGUUGAGUGUGAGGGUGAUGGAAAUUCUGGGUCUAAAAACUGCAAGAACCUGCAAUGUGAAAAAGAAGGCCAGAUUAUUGAAUGGUUCUGUGUAGAAUGUAGAUGUGUAUGUUUACAUGUCUGUGUGAGUGUGGAUGUGUGUGUGUGUUGACAAUUCUGAGCCUUGAACUUUCCAUGACAGAAUGGCUGGUAAAUAGCAUGGCACUAUUUAAGUUUACUCAGCCUGGCUCCUUCAUGCAAAAGUAAUUCUUUUUACCCAAAAAUGUGAACAUUUUGAUUUUAAAACAGAAAAGCAAUGUGAAUAGGUUUUGUAAAAAAUGUGUUGAAUGCCCCAGUAAAAAUGGGUGUCACAUAAACACUGAUAGUUUAGGAUAGCAAUAUACCAGACACAGUGGACAAUUGAACAUGGCUUUAUUACAUUUGUGUUCAAAUGGGAACAUGAUAUUCUCAUCCUUAAAUCUAAGUGAUAUAACAAAACAACUGGAACAGGCUCCCCAUCACCACUGUGGCUUGAAUGAGCAUAGUAGGCCUGUCACUAUGUAUCUUUAUCUCAGUUCAGCAUUUUUCUUUUUUUGCAAACAGAGUGGGCAAGGGUGUCCAUUUAAAUAUUUGGUUAAAUGAACAAGACCUAUGCACUGGCAUAGGUGAAACUUGCCCUUUAACUAAAAACUAGUGAUGGGUAAAAACGCAGUAAUAAUAUAUAUGCUUAUUCAUUCAGUCAGGGCCUUGUUCCAUACAUAGUGCUAAAGUGAUCUAGACAAAUCGGUCAUGUGAAGCCAAUUGUCCUACUCGGGAUGAUGCCGUGACCCUUCUAGUAAAGCUGUGUAAACCUAUUUCUUCUGUGCAUGUCUGGUCCCUAUAUUAUCAUUAAUGUUAAAUGUAAAAUACUAUAAUAUAUACUAUAGCAUACUAAAUACAUAAUGACCCUUAAUACCAUUUCUUGUUCCCUUAAAAUUGUGCCAAAAUGUUUAACAUAAAUAUGUAGUGCCAAAACGUAGUAUUAUCUGCAUUAAUAUGAUCUUCAGAAUUUAGAUAGGAUACAGAUUUUCUUUUUCAUUUUACUUGUUUAAUGCAAUACAUCCAACACUGUGGGGGUUUUGAAAUGUUAGAUUCUUAAAUUAAAUUCCAGUAAGACUGACCAAGCUUUUACUUGAUGGGCGAUAACAAAACCUCACAAAAAUAAAAUAUCCAUGAUGUAAAUUUUUUGGGUAUAUUUACAGCCAAAAUGUUAAAAUAAGCAUAAUGGAUGCUUUAUAAAGUAUUCUAGGUAAAAUGUAUGGACUAUACUCAGGUCUAUCUGGCUUUGACAGCACAUUUAAUACCAUAUUAGGUAAUGAUCCUUAGUAAGACCUACCCAAACACUGCCACUCCUAACCAAACUCUGUAUUCCUCUAUAGGAGAAGAGCAAGCAGACUGUAUAUUGAAUGUGCCAAACUCUCUCUGCUUUAUACAGGUUCAGAUAUCUAUGAACAAUGUGGCAUGUGUGUAAUUAAACAUAUAUAUAUGUAUAGAUUCUCUCUUUUUGUAUAGCUAGAGUAUGUAUUUAUAUUACAUGUAUGUAUGUAUGUAUGCAGGUGUGUGUGUGUGUGUGUAUGUAUAUAUAUUAUAUAAAUGCACGCACUCACUCAAAUACAUAAACAUGCAGCAUUUAUUCAAAUAUACAAACUUUUCUAUACCAGUAGAGAAAAACAAAGUGUGUCGUAUAUAAUAUUUCUUAUAAAUAUUUUUUCUCUAUUGACAAGCACCCUGUGAGUGUACGCAGAAUAUUUCAGAAAAACUGUAAUUAAGCCAGUUUUGGUCAAAUUAUGUAAAAUGAUAUACCUGUACUUUAGAGGCACUCCUCAGGGUUAUACAUACAUACUGUUUGAGAUUUUAACACACACAGAGGGAUCUCGUAAUUAAAUGCACAAACUAAUAGACACGCAGGAAUCUAACAAGAUAUAUCAUAUAUUGAAACAUAUAUGUAUACACAGAAUAUAUGAAAACACAUGUUGUAUUUAUAGGCACCUUCACAACUAUUUAUACACAUGUGUUGUAUGCUUGUAUACAAACACACAGUAAUUCCUGCUAGUUCCUUGCAGGUAAGCCAUCGCUGGACAAGAAAAAUGAGACAAAUAAAAUAUUAAAGUCUGGACCAGGGAUUUUUUUUAUUGUCCACUUACUGGAGAUUGCUCUGUGAAUUUGUAGCCGAUUAUAAAUAUUUGGCUGAUUAUAAAUAUUUCUUGAUCCCU